AUGAUUGGGGUCACCUAUGACCCCAGAGAGCGUGGGCUCGUGUUGCAGUCACUGGCGGAGACGUUCCGGUGCUUCAUCUGCAUGGAGCGGCUGCGCGACGCGCACCUGUGCCCGCACUGCUCCAAGCUGUGCUGCUACCCGUGCAUGCGCCGCUGGCUGACGGAGCAGCGCGCCCAGUGCCCGCACUGCCGCGCCGCGCUGCGCCCGCACGAGCUCGUCAACUGCCGCUGGGUCGAGGACGUGACGCGGCACAUCGACGCGCUCGCCGCCAACGCGGGCGCCGGCGACCCGGCACACGCCGACAGCUGUGAAGAGCACCAAGAAAAACUGACAGUGUACUGCUGGACGUGCCGCCAGUGCAUAUGCCACCAGUGUGCACUGUUUGGUGGCGAGCACUCUGGCCAUGAUUUCAAGCCUCUGGAAGAUGUUUACAAGCAGCACGCUGUCCAGAUAGGGGACGAGGUCUCCCAGCUGCGCCGCAGAUUGCUAGAGCUCAUUAGCCUCGUCCAGGAAGUGGAGGACAAUGUUGAUUCCGUGCGGACAGCUAAAGAGGAACGCGUGAACGAACUGCAUAAUGCCAUGGAAGCUAUGGCCCAGAAUCUGGACAUACAGUUGACAGUAAAAUUGAUCAAACUAGAGAAACAGAAAAAUGCUCUGUUGCAGGACGCCGAACAGCUGGAAGCCAUCCUGCAAGAAGUGGAGGGCCAAAUGCAGACAUGUUCUCACGCGGAGUUAAUACGGAGAAGCCACGAGCUGUCAUCUAUGAUUCACGCUUUGCGUAAGAAACCAAUGGCGAGCUUUGUCACUGCGCCAGUCCCUGCCGACUUCGUAAGUGAAAUAGUUCCUUCAUAUGAUACUGGCACUUUUGAAAUUCAGCACUACAGUCAACUUCAACAGAAAGCAGAUCCAGUAUAUUCACAGCCACUGAAUGUUAAUGGCCUCUCUUGGCGCCUCAAGGUGUAUCCUGAUGGAAAUGGUUUUGUUCGAGGGAGUUAUCUCUCUGUUUUCUUAGAACUUACUGCUGGCCUUCCAGAAACGUGCAAAUAUGAAUAUCGAAUGGAGAUGGUCCACCGUGCAGCCCAAGAUGAAAGCAAGAAUAUUGUCCGAGAAUUCGCUUCUGAUUUUGAAGUUGGUGAGUGCUGGGGAUACAAUCGUUUCUUCCGCUUGGAUUUACUUGCCAGUGAGGGAUUCUUAAAUGCUGAAGAGGAUAUGCUAACCCUGAGGUUUCAAGUACGUCCACCAUCAUAUUAUCAGAGGUGCAAGGACCAACAGUGGUAUAUUGGAAAAUUAAAUGAAUCAAACAUCAAAUAUGCAGCACAGAUACAAGUGCUAAAAGAGAGACUGAGAAUUGAAAUUUCACGGAACAACAUAUCAGCUACAAGAGGUCAUGAUGAUGCAGAAACUACAAUACACAGCAAAUCUAUCAUAACAUCGAACUCUGAUGGUGAUAAUGAACAUUCAGUUGAUAAUGAGACAGAGAAUGUAAAUGAUGAUAACGUUCAAAACAGACUGCCAGAAGAAAGUAAUAAACUGCCUAAGGGGAACCAUUUAAAUGAAGUCAGCACCACUGGAAAUAGUUCAACUGUGCCAAAGCUGUCAGUUUUCAAAAUGACAGAUUCAGUUCCAAUCACUUUGAGAAACUGUGAUGAAUUUCUGUCAUUGGAUUUGCCUGUGAACUUGAUAAGCAUGACAGAGAGAGUGUCCAGUAACAGCAGCACAGAUUCAGAGGAGCUGAGUGACAACGAUGGAUUUAGUGAUAUUAGUGACCACAUCAGUGCACACGCUGGAAGACCAGAAGGCAAUAUCAACAAUGAAAAUGAUAUAGAUGAUGAAACCAUGUCAGGUACCAGUAUUAAUUAUUUAUUCAUAUUCGAUGAGUCAGUUUUCUGUUCAAAAGAACCACAUCUCAUAAUUUAUCAGCAUCAGUAUUAA